AUGGAAGAAGGUCCACUUUAUUUUUACUACCGUAACGAUCCAUUUGGUGAAUUCAGUAAUUUCUAUCCAUCUCCAAUUGAACUCGAUGGACAUACUUGGCCUACCACUGAACAUUACUUUCAAGCGCAGAAAUUUAUCUCCGAUGAAACACACUUUCAAAAUGUUUUACAAUUACCUAAACCUAUAGAAGCUCUUUUUUAUUCUCGAAAACACCGAUCAGCAGUACGAUCAGAUUGGGAAAAAGUGAAAGAUGGAAUCAUGCUUAAAGCAUGUAUGGCUAAAUUUGAACAACACCUUUGGCUUCGAGAAUUAUUAAUAUCAACUGGUAAUCGUCAAUUGGUUGAACAUACGACAAAAGAUUCCUAUUGGGCAGAUGGAGGUGAUGGUAGUGGAAGGAAUCAAUUGGGAAUUACUUUGAUGCAAGUUAGAAACAACCUAAGAGACAAACAAUCGUAA